AUGCCGUCCAGUCCGACCAGAGAUCCAUUCACCGGCCCCCCGGCGCCGCAUGCCUUUGUGCAGUCACACGCGAAAACCACCGAGCUGCUCCCGCCCCCCUCGCCGCGGACGCAUCGCGCCUUGCGCAAACUGCAGUCGGCGCACAACCUUGGCUCCAAGGCCGCCCUCCAACAGAUCCCGCCCCUGCAGCCCUCCUUGAUCGCGCAGCAGCGACUGACACAACGCAACAUCUCGCCCACGCGACGCGAUGCGAGCACCUCCUCCGCCAUGAACGUGAACAGAUCACCGCAGCGAGGACGGUCCAACAGCGAUGCGACGAACCACCACCACCUGAACGCCAUGGCUGCCACGAAGCGCAGCAUGAUGGGUAUCAACCCGCGGUACCUCAACAUGUCUCUGCACCAGCUCAUCAAGGACGGCCCAAUCGAAGGAGAUUCCGUCGAGGCGCUGGGAAUGGCCCGUCGCAAGGUCUUGAGCGAGGGUAUCAAAAGCGACAGUGACGGCAUGUCUACGCUGCGUAUCUACGUCUGGAUCAUCCUUCUUGACACUCCUGUCCUCCCCACCGACGACUAUCUUGCUCUCAUCCACCGCGGCGCGUCCCCGGCGUACUCCAAGAUCCGCAACGAUACUUUCCGCACCCUCACCACCGACCCGUUGUUCCGCCGACGCGUCAGCGAGGCAAGUCUCAUCCGCCUCCUCAAUGCCGUCGCCUGGCGCCUGCACGACGCUCGCGAGCAGCAGCGAAGUCGCGAUCGCGACCGCGACCGCUCGCUCAGCCGACCCAGCACCGGACGAAGCUCCAUAUCCCACGACAGCUCGAACUCGACAGCCACCGCGCACUCCACGAACCCCGCCUCACCUUCUGCCCGCAAUCGCGCGCGAGCUUUGACCUUAACAACGGAGGGCUCCGAGUCUUGCCACGCUGCCGAGCCGGGGACGUAUGUACAGGGAAUGAAUGUGUUGGCAGCUCCCUUCCUAUAUGCUGCGCGCAGUGAGGCCGAGGCGUUCACUGCGUUCUACACCCUGCUCACACGGGAGUGCCCCGGAUACAUUCGAGGCGCAAUGGAUGGCGUCCACAAGGGGUUGGCUCUGGUGGACAAGGUCUUGGCGACUGUCGACUCCAAGCUGAGCGGAUACCUUCACUCCAAGGGCUUGACAGCUGAGAUCUACGCAUUCCCUUCCGUCCUGACAUUGUGCGCCUGCACACCUCCGCUACCCGAGGUCUUGCGCCUGUGGGACUUUCUCUUCGCCUACGGGCCUCACCUGAACAUUCUCUGCAUCGUGGCCCAGCUCAUGGGCAUGCGGGACCAGCUGAUGAGCUCGCCGAGCCCUAACAAGCUCUUGCGCUCGUUCCCUUCGCUCCAGGCGGAUAAGAUUAUUGAACGCACGCUCUGGAUCAUUGAGAGAAUACCACACGACACAUACGCCGCCAUUGUCACCCACGCCCAGUGA